AUGGGUACUAAUACUCUAUUAGUACUAAUACUAUUACUAGUUAGUACAGAAGCAUUCCAAGUGCUACCGUAUGUUCAUAUUGACUAUGAACACUAUUACAGAUUGGCACAGUGUCAAGCACAGUGCGUUGAGAAGGUUGGUUUUUAAAUUUUAUACUAGGCUAGAGUAGAUAGGGAAGACUUUGUGUAGCGUAGGGUAAGGCAAGCUAGGGCUCUGGGCUAGGGCUCUGGGCUAGGGCUCUGGGCUAGGGCUCUGGGCUAGGGCUCUGGGCUAGGGCUCUGGGCUAGGGCUCUGGGCUAGGGCUCUGGGCUAGGGCUCUGGGCUAGGGCUCUGGGCUAGGGCUCUGGGCUAGGGCUCUGGGCUAGGGCUCUGGGCUAGGGCUCUGGGCUAGGGCUCUGGGCUAGGACUAAAGAUAAGACUAAGAUAAGACUCAACUAAGACUAGGCAAAGGCUAUGACCCGUUGUGCGGCUCAUCAAGAAGCUAAAAACGGGCAUAAAUAAGUUAAGUUGGCACGAAGAAGCUUAAUCCUCAUUAAGAAAGAAGGGUUUAAGAGGGCUAUGUUCAAAAAACAGUGCCGAAUCGUUUUGAAUUUACGCGUUUUUGGCGCAUUAAACGAUGGCAAUUUAGGUAUAAAACAGUUUUAAUGUUUAGUUAGUUGAGUACUAUCAAAAUAAGUUAUUGAAAAGUUAUUGAAAAUUAACAUAAUAUCAUUUUAGUACGGCUUUGUGGCUAUCAAACGACGAUUGGAUGGAUCAUCUAGAAGCUAUUUCAAUGUUUCUAGCAGCAACUACAAUAUGGUAAGUAUUAUAUUUGUAAACUGAAAGAUAGAGUAAAGUAAAACAUAUCUAUUAGGUGCCAACAUAAAGAACCCGCCAUACUUUGCCUGUAAUUUUUUGUUAAUAAUGGCGGGUUCUUUAUAGAGUGCGCCAAAAGUUCUGUUACAAAACACCAAAAGUUCUGUUACAAAAUGCGCCAAAAGUUCUGUUACAAAACGCCAAAAGUUUUGUUACAAACGGUCGUUUUCUUUGUAUGUCGGCACCUAAUAUAAAAGGCAAGUAAUUUAAAGUAAAAAGUAUUUAUGAAGGUCAAGGUAAGGUAGGGUAAAACCUAAUAUUUUCUCAACAAAACAACCUUUUUCACAUAUUAAACCAUAUAAUUUCAGUGCGAGCUAGGCUGCUCCCAUGCCAGAAUGGCGGCCAAAAAGGCAAUCCUAAGCCGUUCCAUAUCAGAUGCCUUUGUUGACGGACAAAACUUUUGGCACAAUGCUGCAGAAUCUGGCCAGAAAAGUGAUAAGAAGCAGAAUCAAAGCCCGUUGAGCGCUUUGAAAGCGUUCUGCGCUAAGCCUGCGGCUACCGUUCCGGAGAAUGGGUUGAUGGACUCAUUCGAAAUUAUGUUGACUGCCGUGCCUAAGAAGUUGGAGUUUUUGGCACCAGCCAAAAUUCUGGUACAGUGGAAACAAAGGGUACCAAUGAGCAAAGGAAACUUUGAAGAGACCAAGUGGAUCACUGCUGCGGUAAGGGUUUAUUACUAAUUUUGCCACCUUACUUUACCCUGCUAAACUACUGUAGCCCUACUUUACUUCAGUCUUAGCCAGUGUUUUGCCAGAGCGGUCCGGAUGAGAAUUUUUCCGGUCCGGUCCGGACCAAAAAGGUCAGGUCCGGUCUGGAAAAUUUUUUUUUAUUUUUAAAAAGAGCCAGGAGCGCUAAAAUUGCUUUCUUUACGUUUAAAAACUCUUAAAAAUAUGUUUUAUUUGCAAUUUUUAAAACAGUUUUAUUAAAAUAAAAAAAAAAUUUUUUUCCGAGCCGGUCCGGAACUUUUUUUUCGGUCCGGACCGGACGGGUCCGGCAAAACACUGGUCUUAGCAAUGUUUUCUUCUAGCCAGUGUUUUGCUCGGACUGGUCCUGAGUGUUUUUUAUCGGUCCGGUCUAAACUUGAGUUUUUUUGGGCUCGGCCCAGUCUAAACCCAAAAUUUUUUGGUCCGGCUCGGUCCGGUCUGCAUAAAAAUUUUUUGAGUCCGUCCGGUCCGGCAAAAUAUUGGCUAGAGCAAAACAUCAAAGUAUACUCCCGUUGCUUCUAAAACUGUCAUGCCCAUCUUAAGCAUCUGUUCUUUAUGACCUUAAAGAUUUGCAAAUACAGUUAUCAGUUUUAAAAAUAACCUACGAUAACAAGAAAAUGAAGGAUUCUUGGAAGAUUUGCAGUGUAGGAGAACGUCAAAUCCGACAUUUCUGAGUGGGUUAUCUUGGGAAGGGGAUUAGAAAAGCUAGGAUAAGAUUAAAAAUGACUUUUUAUAUUUAGCUUGCAAAAUGUUUUUGGGGGUGUUAACCUUGCCUUAGUCUCAGCCAGGGCCGGGCGCGAGGGGGGGGGGCGAGGGGGGGGGGUACCCCCAGAAAAAAAAUUUUUUGAAAAAAGUUGAACGUGGUCCCCCCUGUGGAUUUUCGGGAUGAAAAUUUUGCAAAAAAUCGGCACAGGUAGCUAGCUACCUGUGCCGAUUUUUUGAACCCCUGCCCCCAGACCAAAAGUCCCCGCCCGGCCCUGGUCUCAGCCUAGGCUUUCCCUAGUUCUAACGUUAGCUUUAGUCUUAAACCUAACUUUACUUGACCGCAUUGCCUUGGCUUAUGCCCAGCCUUAGCUUGGCUUAUGCUCUGCCCUGCCUUAGUUUGAUUUAUGCUCUGCCCUGCCCUAGCUUGGCUUAUGCUCUGCCCUGCCUUAGUUUGGCUUAUGCUCUACCCUGCCCUAGCUUGGCUUAUGCUUUACCCUGCUUUAGCUCAGGCCAUGGCUUUAGACUGAAAGACUUAUAGACUUAGACCAUAGCUUCAGCCUUAGCCUAGCCCUCAAAAUUGUCAAUCAUAACCAACAAAACCUUUUACAAAAUUAACCGUGACCUUGACUGCGACCCUUGAAAUCCGUAAUUAUGACAGUUGCGCCAUAGUUUUGGUCGACUUUUUGGCUUAUUAGCAUUCGGAUAUUGAGAUUUCUCACUGCGGGAAUGCUAAUUAUGGGAAUGUUUAUAUAGCAAUGUUUGCAUAAUUUGUUUUAUAUAAAGUAUAAAUGCAUAUUGUAUAUAAAACUAUGGCGAUUUUACUGUGGUUGAAGUCAUAAUCUACUGUUAUAUAUAACUAUGGCAGUUUUACUGUGAUCUAAGUUACAGUAAACUGAGCCUUUUAUAAGGUGCCGACCCAAAGAACCCGCCAUUUUUUACAAGAAACUACAGGAAAAGUAUGGCGGGUUCUUUAUGUCGGCACCUUAUAUUUUAUAUUGACAAUGUUUUAAACGGUCUAUGUUCAACCCUAAUGGACAGUAAGUGACCCGUUCUUUUUGGUUCAUCCUAAUAUUAGGCUGAACCAAAAGAAGCGGAACACUUUUUGUUUGAAUCAAAAGACGCCAAAAGUUCUGUUACAAAACUUUACCGGUCGUUUUCUCUAUGUAGAUGAAAAAUGAGGCAAAACUGUUUCAGUAACUUUGGUUCAACCUAAUAUACGCUAAGCAUAUAUGUUUCUUUGUCAUUUUUACGCUUUGUAACAGAACUUCAGAACUUGAUUUCUGUAUAAAAUUUUAUAAAAAAUGUCAUUUUUUUAAAUAUGUUAUUUUUAAAAAAUAAUGCCAUUUUCAGAUCGAAUCCGACCUAACAUUCAAAGCCGAAGCCAUUCAGCCCGGAGUUCAGUACAAAUUCAUGGCCACAGUAAUCGCGGCCAACGGUAAAAUUGGCUCAGGAGUGGUCAGUGAAUGGCUUGAAGUACCGGCUUUGGGCACCUUACCAUCUGCUUUUGGUAAGUACUAUUUUAUCAAAUGUGUACCAAUUUGCGUACCAAACUAUCAAAUAUCUUGUUAUACCUUAAAUUUUGAAAACAUGCCCCAGGGCCAAGUUUUGAAAACAUGCCCUCCGGGCACAAUUUUGAAAACAAGCCUUCAGGGCCAAAUUUUAAAAACAAGCCUUCAAAACCAAAUUCUUAAAAAUUUUAAGCGUUUUCUCUCAUCCGUACUGACCGCUAGGCCUAAUUUGCAUACCAAACGAUUUAAAUCCGUUUCGGAAGCGGGUAGAUGGGUAAUAUUCGGGGGGAUGAUUAUUACGUUCGACUGAGUAUUUGGACAACCAUUAAGAUGCACUGCGCGGUAAAACAUGCAAAACCUCGGGCUAAAUCAUGCAUAAAGCUAUGACUAACAACUUUGUAAAUAAGAGGAGUAGGGCGGGAGGGAGGGGGGGGAGAGACAAAUUUUUUUUUAAUUUUUGAAAUUCAAAUUUUUAACAAUAAUAAAAUUUUUUUUGUUUUUUUUGCCUCGACUAUCGAUUUCACUUCUCUGUGUCAAAAAGUGUUGUCGCAAUUUUCCACUGGCUUUAACCAUAAAAACGACAAGACUUUUUAACUUUAAAAUUUUUCAAAAUUUUAAAAUUAAAUUUCCAGGUAUCCCCUUAACAAUUACACCUCAAUACAACUCUGAUGACAAUGUGAGUGCCGUGAUCAGCUUCAAACAGCCUCAGGCUGAUCCAACCAAGCACAAUCGUCAUCAUCGUCACACCUUGGGCUCUACCUGUUCUUAUCAAUUACGGUAUGCCAAUGUGACCAAGGACAUCUUUGUUCGAAACUUCGAAAUGGACGAAAGCGAAGGAAUUUUGUUGACAAAUCUGGCCUUCAACACUGGUUACAGUAUCGAACUGGUUGCUGUGCCUACUCAAAGUGGGAGCUUGGACAUUGGUACUGGUAGUGAUAUUGGUACACAUAACGGCUUGGGUACAAACCAUAACAUGGGCAUACUGACUGAUAUGGGUGUACCAUCAACUGGACUAACUAGCCAACUAGCUGGCACUCCUCAAUUUUACAGUAAUCAUCCAAAAUCGAGCCACAAAGCUGAUUCAUCGGCUGAAAAUUUGAAAAAAUCAGCCUAUUCCGACUUCAAAACCAUCAGUUGUACCGAUAUUUUUGGUGCAGGUAGUCUACAAUGUGAACCAGAGCCAGUUAAAGACCUACAAGUUAAGGUGAAUAUUGAAAAUGGCACAGCUACAGUAACCUGGCGACCCUCGGCCGAACAACGACAUGUCUUACUGUAUGAGCUACGGUAUGUGCCGUUAAGUGAGAGGAACAAGUGCGGAAUUAGAGAGACUACUCUGUAUUUGACUGCUGUAAGUGUAGAUUUUGAAAUUUUAAAAAAUUUUUGAAAUUUGUGAAACAGUCCGAUGAACUUUUGUGCCAAGUUUUUUUUAAUUUUGAGUUUUCAAGAUUUAAAAUGCUUCAAAAUGUAAUUAUUACUCAUUUUCAGAAGACCAACACAGCCGAAAUCCCCUUAUCCGGAGCCUUCAGGUGUGAAGUUGAGGUAGAGUUGACCAACUUUGACCUUCGCGGCCGAGACGCCAAGACCAGUACCACCUUUACCUAUGAGCCAUCGCCAGAGCUCACUCUUAUGAAUACGAUCGACGAGACCAAGGCCAAGAUACUGCGCAACCUUUGGUUAAUCAUUUUGGUGCCAGUUGUGCUGAUUUGCAUUAUGGUGCUGAUGGUACGCUUCGCGCACUUGGGUCAGAGGAAGUUGAAACAAGUGGCGGAGAAGAAUCGAGAAAAGUUCUCACAACCAGUUGAAGUGUAA